AUGGCUCCCAAGGUUCUCAUCGUUCUCACCUCCGUCGACAAGACUGAGAAGUCUGGCAAGCCCAUCGGCUGGUACUUGCCCGAGCUCGCCCACCCCUUCGAUGUUCUCAAGGAGGCCGGCGUCGAGAUGACAUUCGCCUCUCCCAAGGGCGGUGUCGCGCCCCUCGACCAGGCCUCUGUCGAGAUGUUCGCCAGCGACCCCUCCUCCAAGAACUUCCUCGAGAACCACAAGGCCAUCUGGGAAAACACCGAGAAGCUCUCCAACUUUGUCGGCCGCGCUUCCGAGUUUGACGCUAUUUUCUACCCCGGUGGCCACGGCCCCAUGUACGACCUCGCCUUCGACGCAACCUCUCACGCCCUCAUCGCCGAGUUCGCUGCCCAAAACAAGCCCGUCGCCUCAGUCUGCCACGGCCCCGCCGCCAUCGUCAACGCCAAGCUCAACGACGGCACCUACCUCGUCGCCGGCAAGACCGUCACCGGCUUCUCCAACACCGAGGAGGACCAGGCCGGCUUCACCCCCGAGAUGAACUUCAUGCUCGAGGACCGCCUCAAGGAGAACGGCGGCAAGUACGAGCUCGCCGCCGAACCCUGGGGCGAAAAGGUAGUCGUGGACGGCAUCGUCAUUACUGGCCAGAACCCGGCCUCCGCUCACGGCGUCGGCAAGGCCAUUGCCAAGGCUCUUGGCUUGUAA